CCAUAUUCACGAAGUGUGGUGCGAGGAAAGUUUGCUAGGGGCUUGCUUUUGUAGGCGUUACAUCGUUUAUGGCACAGUUAUCUUUAUUAAGAUAAUUUAAUAUCAACAAAGUGGUGUUUGCUUUACCUGGAUAUCCAUACUGAUGACGAACAACAAUGACAUGACAUUUGGAAUUUUUCAAGAUGUUUGCACGAAAGGAUGAAAGUGAGAUUUAUGCCAAGAUGUAUUUAAGGGAAAUCUUAGUGAUUUUUUUUAUCCAUUCCACUUGAUUAGAAUUAUAUAAUUAAACUUGACAUAAAAGAAGAUGUAGUAAGGAAAAGCCAUUAAAGAGAUUUUUUUUACUAAGGCACUUAAUGUUUCUGAUGGAGAUAAUAUUAGUUGUGUUGCAACCAAAGCAAAGCAUUGGUAGCCAUGACUACCGGUCAAAAUUUUACAACGUGUUGCUUCUUGAUCACAAAACAACAACUGGUGAUAAGAGUAAACCAACAAAAUACCUACCAACAUUCCCGCUCACCAACAUGGGGGAGGAGCCCCGCGAUGAGGUGUUGGGCAAUCUGUACAGACUGACCGGAGGGGAGCAUGGCGGCAUCAAAGGAGAAAGAGCCAUUCUUAUACCUUGGACCAGUAGAGAUUUCCGUGCCUCACUUUCCAGAUUCUACUUGUACUGUGUUCCAGUCAACUCAAGAGACAAGCUGAACAAGGCAUUUGUAGAGAAGUCGCCCAACAGUCCAGGAUUUUUCUCCCUUGACACGAUGGUGGAGACCCUCAACAAUGGCAUGACCAACUACCCUCCUCCUACACAGACGUUUAUCUCCCAGCUGGAAAGUUGGCUGAAAGAAAAACAUUCCAGACCAGGAUCCCUUGACAUCCUUUUUCAGAACAGAGCCGACUACCGUAUCAAAUUCAGCAUCAACAAUCCUGCAUUCCUUCCAAGUCGUCACGAGGUAUCGCCAGAGUCGAACGGGAUAAUCGUUGACGAUACCCCAGACGACAUAAGGUUGACAGCCAACGAAGCUCUAGCUAAGGAACUAGCCAUCGAGAAGUGUGACAUCGUUGUCAUCAAUCCUAUCUUUGGGUCAGCAAUGCCUUAUAAGACAAAUGUAAAUAACUUUGUGAGAAACAUAUACUGGCCAUCAACUCCUCCUGACUACGACUCGCGACGAAGUAGUGACACCAGUUCUAUCGAGGGAGUCGGGAUUGGGACAUUUCUCAGUAGUAUGGAUGACCAGUACCAGCUACACAAGUACGCCUCAGAAGGCAACUGUGACCUCAUGUUAGAACUUAUCAACAGAGGGUUCCCCGUCAAUGACACCGACAUCAAGUACUUCACACCAUUGCACUAUGCAUCAGCACGUGGACAUAAGGAUGCUGUUCAGAUGUUACUACGAGCUGGGGCAAAUCCUAAUGCUAGAACAGACAACAAGGCUACCGCAUUACAUCUAGCCACGAUGUACGGAAAUGUCCAUGUGGCAGAGACAUUACUACGCCAUCCCGAGAUCAACCUGGAUAUCCAGGACAGACACGGAAAGACAGCUCUCAAUUAUAGUGAGGAGACGCAGUACUGGGCACAAAAACGCAUUGGGGAGCUGAUCAGGGCAGUGUCGAAAUCAAAUACACAGGAAAUUGAGAUCUGCCUCACGGACAAAGCAGUGAAGAAGCUUAAACUAGUCAAUGGAACAAAUACCACUGUGAAGCAGCUGAAUUUACAACUGUUCAGGGAGUAUAACAUGUCUGAUGAGGUGUUCUCGGAGAUCUUCACGAUUUGGAUUUGUUCAAAAAGUCUAGAGCUUCAACUGAGACAAGACCACUGUCCAAUAAUUGAGCUUCAAGUCUGGAAUAGGAAUGUGAAAAUGCUGACUGAUGCUAAUCCUGGUAAUGAAGUGCCAGAAUUCAGGUGGAGGAGGAACGCAAAGAUUGGGCUCAAAGAGGAAAAAGGGGUGAAUCACCCACAGGCCGUACACAUCUUGUUUCACGAGGCCUACAAUAACUACAUCCAGGCUCUGUAUCCCUGUAAGGACCAGGAUGUUCUCACCUUCGCCUCCAUUCUCAUCUAUAAGGAACAAAAAGGAGAGUUUGACUCGGCAUCAGCGAAGAGUCAUGUCACAAGUAAAAACCUACAGAAGUUAGUACCAGGACCAAUGCUGAAGGCGAAGAGCAGUAACUGGGCCUCACGAAUACUACACCAUUACAAAGACUUCUGUCCUCACCUGGCAGACACGCUGGAGGUCCGGCAUGGAACGCAAGAACAGCGAGAUCAGGCACUGAAGCGUCAGUUUUUGGAUUACUGUAGGCACCUCACAGUUUAUGGAUCUGCAUUCUUCAGAGGAAUGCUCCUCGCUAGUCAAGGAAAGGGAAGUCAAAACCAAACUGCCUGUCAUAUUGGUGUCAAUGAUGUUGGUAUACAUAUUAUCAACUCACAGACAGGGGUAAUGCUGCACAGCUUUAAAUAUUCCGAGAUAAAAUGGAAACAUGAGGAUGGAAACUCGUUGGAAAUCAUAGUUGUUAGAUUGGAAUCUAAUGUGGACAAAAAUCUGAGUCGUGAAGUGAAGCUACGGACAAAACAGGCAGGUUUGAUACAUAACCUGAUGGAGAAGCUCAAACAAAUGCACGCCUUUAAAGAUAGAUCUGUAAACCUGGUCUACAGCUGAACAUCUACACACUGACCGACAUUUCAUCAACAAUGCAAAUACCUGGGAAUUGAAAUUGCCGUUUUUCUUAGUGGCAGAGGCCCAACCAUGUUUUCUGUGAAUCAAGGCUGUGAUAUCUAACUACAGAUGGAAGAAGAUUUUUAAAGGGCCGAUAAAAAUCUUCGGAUUAUGGAUAUCUAUGAUCGUCACGCAAGAAUUGAUCUUAACCUCAGGUGUAUGGACAGGCUAAACUAAGGAUGCUCAGGUGUGUUGUCUUGAACAGGUGUGUCAAAGUCUUGAUCCGGUGUGUGUUAAUGUCCAGAUCAGGUGUGUCAAUGUCUUGAUCAGGUGUCAAUGUCCAGAUCAGGUGUCAAUGUCUUGAUCAGGUGUGUCAAUGUCUUGAUCAGGUGUGUCAAUGUCCAGAUCAGGUGUGUCAAUGUCCAGAUCAGGUGUCAAUAUCCAGAUCAGGUGUGUCAAUGUCCAGAUCAGGUGUGUCAAUGUCCAGAUCAGGUGUGUCAAUGUCCAGAUCAGGUGUGUCAAUGUCCAGAUCAGGUGUGUCAAUGUCCAGAUCAGGUGUGUCAAUGUCCAGAUCAGGUGUGUCAAUGUCCAGAUCAGGUGUGUCAAUGUCUUGAUCAGGUGUCAAUGUCCAGAUCAGGUGUCAAUAUCCAGAUCAGGUGUGUCAAUGUCCAGAUCAGGUGUCAAUAUCCAGAUCAUGUGUGUCAAUUUCAGAUCAGGUGUCAAUGUCCAGAUCACGUGUCAAUGUGUCAAUAUCUUGAUCAGGUUUCUUCAGUGUCAAGAUCAGGUGUGUCAAUUUCAGAUC